AUGGUUGAGGGCACAGUAGGUACCCUACAGACUGCCAUCAAUAAGGCUUACGAAGCAGCGUGCCCAGCGAAGCAGCGGAAAUGCAGCAAAAAGGUGACCUGGUGGAAUAAGGAGCUGGGCCAACUAAGGACCAGAUCCCGAAAACUACUCAACAGGGCCCUUAAGACAGGUAUAGACUCGGACUGGGAAGCUCACAAAGCUACUCAGGAGACGUACAAGAAAAAGAUCAAAAAGUCGAAGGAGGAGGGCUGGAGGGAUUUCUGCAGCAAGACCGAGGACCUGUCACUGGUAGCUAGGCUUCGCAAGGUGUUCACCUCCGGCCCGCCAAUCAAGCUGGACGGGCUAACCCUGCCUCACGGCAGAACAGCCGAAAACCAGACAGAAAUCCCAACCCACAUGCUGGAAACCCACUUCCCCGGGUCGUUGCCGGCCGGCGGGGGACUGCCCAUAAGGGCGGGCCCAACCCGUGCCGGGCACGAAACGAUGGACUGGAAAACAGCUGCGGAGAUUGAGGGCGGGAAGGACCUAGCCAUCAGGUUGAGCAUCAUCUUCAGGUCCUGUCUGGCAAUGAGAUACGUCUCCACAGCGUGGCGGGACGUCAAGCCAAGUCCUGGAGACACAAUCAGCCUAACGUCUUUCCUACUUAAAACGCUGGAGAGGCUAGUGGACAGAUACAUAAGAGACGGGGCACUGGUAGAAAGACCAAUUGCACACACACAGCACGCGUAUCAAGCAGGCAAAUCCACGGAGACGGCUCUUCACUCCCUCAUAAGGGAGCUGGAGGGGCCACUAUCCCCGAAAGGGGCAGCAGCUCUAUGCGUGUUCAUGGACGUGGAGGGAGCUUUCGAUAACACAUCCUCCAACGCUAUAUGUGAAGCAGCAUCCAGGUUCAAAAUCAACAGCAUGGUUGUUGAGUGGAUCAGGAACAUGCUGCAGACAAGGACGGUCACUGCCAGUCUCGGUGGUUCCGAGGUUAGAGCUCAGGUCGACAGGGGCUGCCCGCAGGGGGGAGUACUCUGUCCCCUUCUGACCGAUCAGACAGGCCCAGAAGGCUACAGCUACAUUUUGGGCCUGCUAAAGGAUGAUAGGCCAGACAUAGGAGCUGAAGCCGAAAACGGUGAAGUGGAUUUACACGGCAAUCUUACUUCCACAGAUCACAUACGCUGCCGUGAUAUGGUGGCCUGCUACGGGCAGGGCCAACAACCGAAAGGCUCUGGAAAGGGUCUACAGACUAGCGACCUUGGGGAUAACGGGUGCCAUGAGAACCACCCCUACACUCACCAUGGGGGCUCUCCUUAA